GGCCCGGAAGCGCGGCCCAUGGCAGCGGAUUUGCGGGCCCAACCGACGUCCAUGGCGCCGCUGCUGGAGUACGAGCGGCAGCUGGUGCUGGAGCUGCUCGACACGGACGGGCUGGUGGUGUGCGCCCGCGGCCUCGGCGCGGACCGGCUGCUCUACCAUUUCCUCCGGCUGCACUGCCACCCGGCCUGCUUGGUGCUGGUGCUCAACACGCAGCCCGCCGAGGAGGAGUAUUUUAUCAAUCAGCUGAAAUUAGAAGGAACCAAACAUCUCCCUUGCCGCGUAACCAACGAAAUCACGAGCAACAGUCGCUACGAGGUGUACACACGAGGAGGGGUCAUAUUUGCCACAAGUCGAAUACUUGUAGUCGAUUUCUUGACGGACAGAAUACCUUCAGAUUUAAUAACAGGCAUCCUGGUGUACCGAGCCCACCGAAUCAUCGAGUCAUGUCAAGAAGCCUUCAUCCUGCGCCUCUUCCGCCAGAAAAACAAGCGCGGUUUCAUCAAAGCGUUCACGGACAAUGCCAUCGCCUUCGACACCGGCUUUUGUCACGUGGAGAGAGUGAUGAGAAACCUUUUUGUGAGGAAGCUGUAUCUGUGGCCAAGGUUCCACGUGGCAGUCAACUCGUUUUUAGAGCAGCACAAACCAGAAGUGGUGGAAAUUCAUGUUGCCAUGACACCUGCCAUGCGGGCCAUCCAGACAGCCAUCCUGGACAUUUUAAACGCCUGUCUGAAGGAGCUGAAAUGCCACAACCCAUCACUGGAAGUGGAAGACUUGUCUUUAGAAAAUGCUAUCGGGAAGCCUUUUGACAAGACAAUCCGCCAUUACCUGGACCCUUUGUGGCACCAGCUUGGAGCCAAGACAAAGUCCUUGGUCCAGGACCUGAAGAUACUCCGGACCUUGCUGCUGUACCUCUGCCAGUACGACUGCGUCACCUUUCUUAACCUUCUGGAAUCUCUGAGAGCCACGGAAAAGGCUUUUGGUCAGAAUUCAGGUUGGCUGUUUCUUGACUCCAGUACUUCAAUGUUUGUAAAUGCCCGAGCCAGGGUUUAUAAUAUUCCAGACUCCAAAAUGAGCAAAAAAGGCAAAAAGUCUGAGAAAAUGGAGAAUAAAGAAGGUCAAGAAACAAAGAAGGAACUGGUGCUUGAAAGCAAUCCCAAGUGGGAAGCCCUUUCGGAAGUGCUGAAAGAGAUCGAAGCAGAAAAUAAGGAGAGCGAGGCCCUGGGAGGCCCAGGGCAGGUGCUGAUCUGCGCCGCUGACGACCGCACCUGCGCCCAGCUGCGCGGCUACCUGGCGUCGGGCGCCCAGGCCUUCCUGCUGCAGCUCUUCCGGAGAACCUUCGAGAAGGACGGCAAGGCCGAGGCAGUGUGGACGGAGUUCGGGAAGGCGGGCGGUUCAAAGAGAAAUCCGAAAUCGGGCAAGAGACCCAGGGGCCCGCCCAAGCGGGGCCCGGCCCCCGCGGGAGAGCGGGCGGCGCGGAGGAAGCGGCGCGGGCCGGCCCCGACGGCGGCGGGCAGCGCGGCCCGGCCGGGCCCCGAGAGCAGCGGCAGCGGGGAGGAGGCGGAGGCCCAGCGCGGGGCCGAGGAGCGCCCGGAGGCCGCGGACCCGAGCCCGAGGUCGGACGAGGCCUACGGGGUCCUCCGCGAGCCGCUGGCGGUGCUGCACCCGCUGCUGGGCUGCGGCGACCCCUACGCGCUGACGCGGACGCUGCACGAGCUGGAGCCCCGCUACGUGGUCCUCUACGACGCCGAGCUCGCCUUCGUCCGCCAGCUCGAGGUCUACCGGGCCAGCCGGCCGGGGAGGCCCAUGAGGGUUUACUUCCUUAUAUAUGGGGGUUCCACGGAGGAGCAGCGCUACCUCACCACCCUUCGGAAAGAAAAGGAAGCCUUUGAAAAACUUAUCAGGGAAAAGGCUAGCAUGGUUGUCCCUGAAGAAAGAGAAGGCAGAGAUGAAAGCAACCUGGACCUGAUGCGAGGCCAAGCGUCCAUGGGCGAUGCCAUCGACACUCGCAGAGCUGGUGGCCAGGAGCCGGGCACCGAGGCGGCCCGCGUGGUGGUGGACCUGCGCGAGUUCCGCAGCGAGCUGCCCGCGCUGCUGCACCGGCGCGGCCUGGACCUGGAGCCGGUGACCCUGGCGGUGGGUGACUACGUGCUGAGCCCGGAGCUGUGCGUGGAGCGCAAGAGCAUGGGUGACCUGGCGGCCUCGCUGGGCAGCGGGCGGCUCUACGCGCAGUGCCAGGCCAUGGCGCGCUACUACCGCCGCCCACUGCUGCUGGUGGAGCUGGAUGCGCGCAGGCCCGGCCCGCUGCUCCCGGACGUGGGCUCCCGGCUGGUGCUGCUCACGCUGCACUUCCCGCGGUUGCGGCUGCUCUGGUGCCCGUCCCCGCACGCCGCGGCCGAGCUCCUGGAGGAGCUGAAACGGGGCCGGGCCCAGCCCGACGCGGCCGCCGCCGCCGCAAUCAGCGCUGACUCGGAGCCGCUGCCCGACUCGGAGCGCUACAACCCGGGGCCACAGGACUUCCUGAUGCGGAUGCCGGGGGUGAGCGCCAAGAACUGCCGCUCGCUCAUGCGACAGGUGCACAGCCUCGCCGAGCUGGCCGCCCUCCCACAGGAGCGGCUGGCCGCCAUCCUGGGCCACGCAGGCAACGCCCGCCAGCUGUUCGAGUUCAUCCACACGCCCUACCCAGGCCCGGGGCCCACCGCGGGGAGGCCAAGGACCUGAGCGUGGGCCCUGGUGGCCCCAGGGGGGAGGCCCCGUGGUCCUGUGAAGGCUGCCCAGCCAGCCAGCUGCGCAGGGCUCGCCUCCCAUCCUCCAGGCGCUUCUGCAAAGCCCGGGCUCCUUCCUCCCAGCAUUUCUGUCUGGUCAGUGUCCAGGCCCGGCUGCUGAGCCCCACUUCUGAAUUGAGCUGUGUGAGGGUGUCCACACGUCCUGCACUCUCCCACAUACCCAGUGUUCCCCCUUGCCAUCCACAUGGUCUGCUGACCCCAGGAGGAGCCUCCUGACCAGCUCUGCGCACGUUUCCUCCAGCUUCAGUGCCUUCCACCUGUGUCAGGUUGGACUUAACUAUACUCACUUCAAACCGCAUCUAAAGCCGGGUAGGUGGCUCACACCUGUAGUCCCAGCUACUCAGGAAGCUGUGAUCUUUGGAUCCAGUUCAGAACCAGCCUGAGCAGGAACAUGCUGGAAGCAUUUUGCCCCUGUGAGCAUUGCCACAACUGGAGGCUCUAACCACGCUCAUACAUGGGCACAUACUCACACUUGGCUGCUCAGGCAAGUGUGAGUUUUAAGACAUCCAAUGAAUUUUACCGGAUGACAACACAGGAUGGUGCAGGUAAUGAGGCUCUUAAAUUCUGUAGCCUCCAAAAUCUCAAAACUCUCCAAACCCCGACAAGGAGCCAUGAGUCCUACGAGGCCAUCCCCAGCUCUCUCUGGGGUACCUGGUCUGAGACAGCAGGUCGCGGCCUCCCUCCGCCCUGUUGCCCUCGCCACUUCCCUGCCCGCCCCUUCCCACCCCUGCGAGGAUGCAAAUAAAGGAAUGGCCUAGCUAGCAUUCGCUCUUCUCCACUCCAAGUAGAGAUGAAAUGACUAGAGCUAAAUGGAAGACAUUGUAGACUAUCUAAAUGGAAGACAUGCCGAAUAUAUAAGAAUUCAAAGGCUGUAUUUAGAAAUCCAUGGAGAAACUCAACACGUCAUAAACCUUCGGUUGCUUUAGGUCAUCUCUGAAAUGUGCAUACAGAAGAGCCAUAACAUUUUGAUACAGUUUGUUAACUUUGGUACAUAUGCAUUAUUAACUUAUCUUCACAUACCACAUCUUCUACCUCAAGAGCCAGUGCAGUGUCAGUUCUGCUGGCCAGGUCACAGAGUGGAAGAUCUCAUCCCUGUUGGCUGUUCUUUCCUUUGUGGCACAGAACAGAGAGAAAGUAGACCUUGUGAUGAGAUGGUCAACGAUUUAAUGAAAGCACUUUUCAAGAACCUCUCAUUUUGGCGUCUUGACUGUUGGUACUUAGCUCUCCAUAUUCCUGGAGUGUCCAUUUCAGGACCCUCCCAAGGGGCCACAGCCGCCAUGCUAUAGUGUGUUCCGCGGAAGGCAGAGCUCCUGCACCCGUGCCCUGCGCGCACCCUCCUGUGGGCAGUGCACACACCAGCGCCAGCCCACCCCUCUUCUCAUAGUCAGGCCAUGCUUGCCCAGCUUCGUCCAGCCUGUGCCGUGGGAUUGCACUGUCCCUUUCUCAUUUCAUCCCAUCUGCCUUGCAUGGCUACUCACUGCGUGACACAAAUGUUAGUGUGAUUCAUUCUGGGAUGACGCUUCCACACACGUGAAGUCUUGUCAGCCCUUAAGUCUUGUCAGCUCCCUUUAACCUGCCCUAGGUGUCCAGGGCAGCACAUACAACAGUCCCUCAAAAAUCUGCUAUUCCA